CACGGCCGCCCGAGCUUCGCGGAGCCAGAGCCCGCACCGGCCGCCCUAGCAGCCGCCCGCCGCGUCCGGGCCCCCGCCGGCAUCGCCGAGCCGCCCGCGCCCUCCUGAAGCGGCUGGGUCGGGCCCUGCCUCGGCCCCUCUGCUCGUCCUUCCCGCCCCGCACCGGCCUUCACUCUGGAGCGGCCCCGGCAGCCGCAGCAGGGGCGGCGGCGGCGGAUUGAGGAGCUCUCCAGGUCGUCCCGGGAGAAGCUGCUGCAAUCCCGGGACAGGAUGUUCUCCAAGUUCACCUCCAUCCUGCAGCACGCCGUGGAGGCGCUUGCACCUUCUCUUCCUCUACAAGAAGACUUUGUUUAUCACUGGAAGGCAAUUACCCAUUACUACAUAGAGACUUCAGAUGAUAAGGCUCCUGUGACUGACACGAACAUUCCAUCCCAUCUGGAACAGAUGUUAGAUAUCUUGGUUCAAGAAGAAAAUGAACGGGAGUCUGGAGAGACAGGGCCGUGCAUGGAAUAUCUGCUCCAUCACAAGAUCUUGGAAACAUUAUACACCUUAGGGAAGGCUGAUUGUCCUCCAGGAAUGAAGCAGCAGGUGCUGGUGUUCUACACUAAACUCCUGGGAAGAAUCCGGCAGCCACUGCUUCCACACAUCAGCGUGCACAGACCCGUGCAGAAAUUAAUUCGGCUGUGUGGUGAAGUCCUUGCAACUCCAACAGAAAAUGAAGAAAUUCAGUUUCUGUGUAUUGUGUGUGCAAAGCUCAAGCAGGAUCCCUACUUGGUUAAUUUUUUUCUAGAGAAUAAGCUGAAGGCACUGGCUUCCAAAGGAGCACCAAGUGUAAUUUCAGAAGACACGUUAAAAGGUCAAGACUGCUUGUCCACAGACAUGGGACAGGCCCUUCAGCCAGAGGGACUGGCAGGUGCUGCUGGCGUGGAGCAGGCAGAGUCAGCAGAUGAGCCUGCACAGGCGGAUGACCUGUCCAGCAGCCUGGACCACCUCAAUGUCACAUCGCUGCCAGAGGCCUCGGUUCUUCGUCCUAACCAAGACUACAAUUUAGUGAAUUCUCUGUUAAAUCUGACUCGAAGUCCUGAUGGGCGAAUAGCAGUGAAAGCAUGCGAGGGUUUGAUGCUCUUAGUGAGUUUGCCGGAGCCUGCAGCCGCCAAGUGCCUUACACAGAGCACGUGCCUGUGCGAGCUGCUCACCGACAGGCUUGCCUCCCUGUACAAAGCCCUACCUCCGUCGGUGGAUCCCUUAGAUAUCGAAACGGUGGAAGCCAUUAACUGGGGCUUGGACUCGUAUAGUCAUAAAGAAGACGCUUCGGCUUUUCCGGGAAAACGAGCCUUAAUUUCAUUUCUUUCUUGGUUUGAUUAUUGUGAUCAACUCAUUAAGGAAGCACAAAAGACUGCCGCUGUUGCUCUCGCCAAAGCCAUUCACAAGCGGUUUUUUGUUGGUGUCAUGGAGCCUCAGCUCAUGCAGACUUCUGAAAUGGGCAUCCUGACGUCAACUGCGCUGCUUCAUCGCAUUGUACGACAAGUAACCUCUGACGUUUUGCUUCAAGAAAUGGUGUUUUUUAUCCUUGGAGAACAGAGGGAGCCUGAAACUCUGGCUGAAAUGGGCAGACACCCUUUAAGACACAGGCUCAUUGAGCACUGCGAUCACAUCUCUGACGAGAUAAGCAUAAUGACAUUAAGAAUGUUUGAACAUCUUUUGCAAAAACCCAAUGAGCACAUUCUGUACAACUUGGUCCUAAGAAAUCUUGAAGAAAGGAAUUACACAGAAUAUAAGCCUUUGUGCCCAGAAGAUAAGGAUGUGGUGGAGAAUGGAUUGAUAGCAGGAGCAGUAGAUCUGGAAGAAGAUCCAUUAUUUACUGACAUCUCACCAGAUAACACUUUAUCAAACCAAGAGUGGCUUAGUUCUUCACCACCUGCUACUCCAGACCACCCAAAAAAUGAUGGGAAAACAGAAGUCCAUAAGAUUGUCAAUAGUUUUCUCUGUCUGGUACCAGAUGAAGCAAAGUCCUCCUACCACGUUGAAGGUACUGGAUAUGACACCUACCUCCGAGAUGCUCACAGGCAGUUCCGGGACUACUGUGCUAUCUGCUUAAGAUGGGAGUGGCCUGGGUCGCCAAAGGCUUUGGAAAAGUGCAAUUUAGAAGCUGCCUUCUUUGAAGGUCAUUUUUUGAAAGUUUUGUUUGACAGAAUGGGAAGAAUUCUUGAUCAGCCGUAUGAUGUAAACUUACAAGUGACUUCAGUGCUGUCUAGACUUUCUCUCUUCCCCCAUCCGCACACACACGAGUACCUCCUGGAUCCCUACGUGAACCUUGCUUCUGGCUGCCGGUCCCUGUUCUCUGUAAUCGUCAGGGUUGUUGGAGAACUUAUGGUGCGAAUUCAGAGAAUUCAAGACUUCACUCCCAAGCUUCUCUUAGUUAGAAGGCGAUUACUUGGUUUGGAACCUGAAGGCCCUAUUAUUGACCACAUCACGUUGCUGGAGGGUGUGAUUGUGUUAGAAGAAUUCUGCAAGGAACUUGCGGCGAUUGCAUUUGUGAAAUACCAUGCUUCCUCCACACCAUAAAUACCAUCUUUCAAAGGACUAGAGGAACAGAACUGUUGGGUCCAUUUCAUCAAAAAGAUUCAGUUCCACCCAGCCAAAAGGAUGAAAAGCCUAAAUGAAGUAUUGCUAUAAACUGGACAGAACCAUUAAGAACCUAAAUGUUAUUUAGUGUUUUUAUCGGCUUUAUCCUAAUGGUUCUCUGUAUGAAAUUGCACGUUAAACCCAGGAUACAAUCAAUGGAACUUCAGGAAAUAAGCAUUUCUACAGACUGUGUGAAAGCUGCAAAAUUUCUGAUGUCAUAACUUUGAUAUUUCUGUUAUUUUAAUAUCCUUUUAGGUAGCAAGCAUUUUGACAUUCUAUGGGACUCAAAUGCUUAUUCUUUUGAUUAACAAGUAGCAGAAGAAUCACUAAUUUUAUAACUUUUUAAGGUUAGAAUUCUUAUCAAACAAAAUAUGAAAAAACUAUAAAUGAGGAAAAAAACACAGUUCAGGAAACAUCAGAUGAGUCAAGUGCAGGCAAUACUGAAGUACAGGGUAGUGUGCCAUUAACUUUCCUCGGUUUUUCUAAGAGUAACAAUUUAAUAUGAUAAAGAAAUUCUUGAUUAAUAUAUAUAUAUAUUUUUUAAAGAAAUGUUCUUUUAUUUGUUUGUGCACAUGACUAUGUUGGUGGUUCUUUUUCAUGUGUGGGUCCCAGUUAUUUAAAUUGUGCCAUUUUAUGUUCAUCAUUGGUAGCGUGGGCUAAAAUAGUAUUUUUUUUCCGGAUUAACAUAUACUGGGUUGAGAACCUCUUUUUUCCUCUCCGUCUCUGAAACUGGCUUUAUAAAUUGCUUUAAAAUUGAUUUUUCUGUAGGAGCUCAUGGUCGUGUCCAAGCAGGGAACCGACUCAUCAGUCCUAAGCUGCAAUCGAGCUGCCAAUGGCCUCCUAAUGUUUACAUAUUCUCCCACUUGCUUCAGUCUUUUAGGAUUCUAAAGACAGUGAAGAGGCUCCGCCAUGUCCUGUUUACAUGCUAAAGAACUGUGGGAGUUGGCUGUGUGUGCCAGCGGGUGUAUGUGGGGGAGAGUGUGGCAGAACACUCUCUUAUGUGUGCUUGUCCACUUUCUCUUCUUCCUUGAAGUGAUGCCUGUCACUCAGAUACCACUUUUAAGCUGUUGAGGUUUUUGUUUGUUUUAGUCCAGUGUUAAGCAGCAGCACUUUCCUCAUUAUCUUUCUCUGUGCUGAUACUUGAGGGAGCAGACUGUCCCAUGUUCCAGCUUAAGAGGAGCGGUCCCUGCCCUUGCAGGCACUGUUUACCGAGCAGGCUCACAGCUGUACCAGUAGGUCAUGGGGUGUGUGCAUUGACACAUUUGGUUUUACUUACAUUUGCUUGUGUUGUUGUGUUUGUUGUUCUGACUUAUCAAUUUUUGCUAUUUAUUGAAAACAAGUUAUCCGAGAAUUAUGAAUAUUCAGCUCUGGAAUGUUCCCCACUGUUAAAAAUGCAGUACUCCAUUUCUAAAUGCAAAUCCUUGUCAGCACAGUCUAAGAAAGUUUCUCAGAACAGUGAAAAUAAAAGUAAGAAUUACUUACUGCAUGAUUUUCUGUAAAUGAUUUUGAAUGAUGAGAAAACAUUUAUUGAUCAGUUCAUGCAAAAAAUUCUGUGUAUCUCCACCUGUAGAUGAAGUUUAAAGUAUACUUUGAUGUAGGUGUAUUUAAUGUAAGACAUUAGAAGCUAUCCUGCCUUUCUUAAUGUUUCCAUAGUGCUCAGUAGGUGAGAUAGCAAUGAUGUUACCUCCAAACCAAAUAUUCUCUUGUCCUUGAUUUCACAAUGGGACCUUAUUGCUACUCCAUGAAACCAACUCAGAAAAGCUUUAAUUGCUAUAUUUGUGUGUAUGAGUGUAUGCUGCUUCUGAAAAUAUAAUUUUCCUAAGAUAUUGUAAUGGUUUUGACUUAAAGUCAGCUGAAGCUUAAGUUUUAAUUUGUUUCUCUUCUAAGUUUCUUUUUUUCCUUCAUAUUUAGUCUACACCUAGAGCCAGUGCAGGUUCUUGCAGUGAAUUGGAUUUGUUAGUGAAGCAUUGUACUACAUCAUUAGUGUUUUUCUUACUGUCUCAGAAGCUGAGUAUUUGUAUUCCUUAGUACUUGCAGAAGAAAAGUGACUCAGAUGCUCUGUUAGAUGGAAAGUCUCACCUCAACAACCGACUGUCACAGCCAGUUCAAAACU